AGCUGACCGAACGGCUGGCUGCUCUCGCGGGCAGGAAGACACGCCGCAGGAGAAAAUAUCUAUCUAAGUUAUCCGUGAGACGGAUAUGUCCGACUAGGACCUGUGUAUUUGACACAUCACCAUAAUGUCAGGUAAUAACCUGGUACUCCCUAUAGUGCUGUGGAGCCGUACGGCUCCCACACACUGCAUCAGCAGCUUACUGGUGAUGGAUGACUUCAGCACCAUUAUUACUGGCUGCCAUGAUGGACAAAUCUGUCUCUGGGACAUGACGCCUGAGCUGCAGAUUUGUCCCAGGGCUAUGCUGUUUGGUCAUACAGCCUCCAUCACCUGUCUGGCCAAAGCAUGCAUGUCCAGUGACAAACAGCACAUCGUGAGUGCAUCUGAGAGUGGGGAGAUGUGUCUCUGGGAUGUAAAUGAUGGACGCUGUAUUGAGUUCACCAAGCUGGCUUGUGCUCACACUGGCAUGCAGUUCUAUCAGUUUACCAUUGGCACUCAGAAGGAGGGGCGGCUGCUUUGUAAUGGCCAUUAUCCUGAAAUCCUUGUUGUGGACGCCACCAGCCUGGAAGUCCUUUACUCACUGGUAUCUAAGAUUUGUCCUGACUGGAUCAGCUCCAUGAGCAUUAUUCGAUCUCAUCGCACUCAAGAGGACACUGUUGUGGCCGUGUCAGUGACGGGCAUUUUGAAGGUCUGGAUCAUAACAGCUGAGGUCAGCAGGAUGCAGGACCUGGACCCUGUGUUUGAAGAGGAGUCCAAACCCAUCUACUGCCAGGGCUGCCAGAGCAUUGCCUUCUGCACCUUCACACAGAGGAGCCUGCUUGUCGUCUGCUCCAAGUACUGGAGGGUGUUUGAUGCAGGGGACUACUCUCUGCUCUGCUCUGUGCAAAGUGAUAAUGACCAGUCCUGGACUGGAGGAGAGUUCAUUGCAGCAGACAAGGUCAUCAUCUGGACUGAGGAGGGUUGCAGUUAUGUCUACAAGCUGCCAGCCAGCUGUUUGCCUGGCAAUGAACAUUUCCGUAGUGACGUUGGGAAAACCAACGAAGGCUCCAUCCCUCCACUCAUUUAUAGCAUCGCUGACCUCUCAGACAAACAGCUCCUCAUCUGUCCUCCUGUGACACGGUUUUUCUUUGGCCGGCGAGAGCCCUUUCACAAGCUCCUCAUCCAGGGAGACUCAGCAGGCAGACUGUCCUUGUGGAGCAUCCCAGACUCUCCACCUUCAAUUACUUCUACAGAUCUCCAGGCGUCAUCCACCGUCAGCCUCCAGGAAGCCUUUGACAAGUUGAAGCCCAUUUCUGCCGGGAUCAUCGACCAGCUCAGCAACCUUCCUGGCAAAGAAGAACCUAUCAAGGUGACGGCCAGCGUGUACAUCCCCUCGCAGGGCCGCUUGGUCUGUGGGAGAGAAGAUGGCAGCAUUGUCCUGGUUCCUGCCACUCAGACGGCCAUAGUUCAGCUGCUGCAAGGGGAGCAUAUGCUGCGGAGAGGCUGGCCACCCCACCGGACGCUGCGGGGUCACCGGAACAAGGUGACCUGCCUCCUGUAUCCUUACCAGAUCUCCCCUCGCUACGACCAGCGUUCGCUGGUGUCGGGAGGAGUCGACUUCUCCGUCAUCGUGUGGGACAUCUUCACAGGAGAGAUGAAGCACAUCUUCUGUGUGCACGGGGGAGAGAUCACCCAACUCACCGUUCCACCGGAAAACUGCAGCACCCGCGUGCAGCACUGCGUCUGCUCCGUGGCCAGCGAUCACUCCGUGGGCUUGCUGAGCCUCAGGGAAAGGAAGUGCAUCAUGCUGGCAUCCCGGCACCUUUUUCCCAUCCAAGUCAUUAAGUGGCGGCCGGCUGAUGACUACCUGGUGGUGGGAUGCACUGACGGCUCCGUUUACGUUUGGCAGAUGGAUACAGGAGCAUUGGAUCGCUGUGUGAUGGGUAUAACCGCAGUGGAGAUCCUGAACGCCUGCGACGAACUUGCUCCAGCCACCGUGGACGCUCUGAGCCACUCUGCGGUCAACUUGAAGCAGGCGAUGACACGCCGCAGCCUCGCGGCUCUGAAGAACAUGGCGCAGCACAAACUGCAGACCCUAGCCACCAACCUGCUGGCGGCAGACAACGCUGACAAGGGUAACUUGCCAAAAUACUCCCACAAUGCACUUGUGGUGCAGGCCAUGAAAACGAACCUGACGGAUCCUGACAUGCACGUGCUCUUCUUUGACGUGGAGGCAAUGAUCAUCCAGCUUCUGACGGAGGAAGCGCAGCGGCCGAACCCCACGCUGGUCUCCCCCGAGACCCUGCAGAAGAGCCAGGCUGGGGCAGACAAGGGGGGCUCUUUUCUAGCAAACAAGAUUUUCAAACAGGUAAAGGAGACCAUGAAGGAAACCAUCAAGGAGCACCUGCUGGAUGAAGACGAGGAGGAGGAGGAAGAGAUGAGGAGGCGUGAGGAGAAGGCUAAAUCUCUAAGUCUGCUGGAAUACAAUCUAACAAUGGACACAGCCAAGCUCUUCAUGUCCUGCCUACAUGCCUGGGGCCUCAAUGAACAGCUGGAUGGCAUCUGCCUGGAACGACUGGGCAUGCUCAGGCCGCAUUGCCCCAUCUCCUUCGGCUUGAUUUCCAGAGGAGGUCACAUGUCCCUCAUGCUGCCUACGUUCAAGGAGUCCUUGCUGCAUAAGUUGUCCCUGGCAACUGGUAGGAAACUUACUUUGCCAGACAUUGUAGGGAAAGGGACAUACGGCGUAUCGAGGGCCGUCACAACACAGCACCUCCUCUCCGUCAUCUCGCUAUCCAACACGUUAAUGGGAAUGACCAACGCCACGUUCAUCGGAGAGCACAUGAAGAAAGCACCAGUGAGGCCUCCCAGACCAGGAGGAACCCCAGAGACUCCACGGAGGACGCCCGCUGCCCCCCCUCAGCCCUCCAACCCAGCUCUACAGGCCCAGAUCAAACAAGCUGCUGUAGCUGACAACACCAGCACGGCUGCCACUACUGGGGCUCUGGGGGCCCCUGGGGGCUUUUCUCCAGGGGCCCCUGGCUCCCCCGUCCCCGGCAAUGCUUCCUUUAACAUCCCCUCAGUCAAUGAAGGAUGGAGCCAGCUGGCAGCCAUGCAUUGUGUGAUGCUACCUGAUCUUCUUGGCCUGGACAAGUUCAGACCUCCUCUGCUGGAGAUGUUGGCGAGGAGAUGGCAGGACCGCUGUCUGGAGGUACGAGAAGCAGCACAAGCUCUUCUGCUGGCCGAGCUGAGGAGGAUUGGCCAGUCAGGGCGAAAAGACGCUAUUGAUCUGUGGGCGCCCUACUUGCCUCAAUAUGUGGAUGCAGUCAGCUCCCCUGGGGCAACUGAUGCCCCUCCUCCAGCUCCACUUCCCCCAGAAGCUCAGCCGGUAGAAACCAAGGCCCCCGAGGAGGAAAUGGAUGUGACUGAUGAUGACAUCACAGCAGGCUGUCUUUCUAACCUUCCACCAAACACUAAGAAGAUCUCCAACUCGUACGAGGAGCGUCGUAAACAGGCCACCGCUAUCGUGCUGCUGGGAGUGAUCGGUGCAGAAUUUGGCGCCGAAAUUGAACCCCCGAAAGGCUCUGCGCGUGCUCGAGCUGGCGGACAGGCACCUGAUGGCUUUGGACCGGCGAGCGGAUCAUCAUCUAACUACUCACUGGCACGACACACGUGUAAGGCCCUGACUUUUCUGCUGCUGCAGCCCCCCAGCCCAAAGCUCCCCGCCCACAGUACCAUUCGCCGCACUGCCAUCGAUCUGAUUGGACGAGGCUUUACUGUUUGGGAGCCGUAUAUGGAUGUCUCAGCAGUACUUAUGGGACUGCUGGAACUGUGCGCAGAUGCGGAGAAACAGUUGGCGAAUAUUACUAUGGGUUUACCCCUCAACCCACCGGCGGACUCGGCUCGCUCAGCCCGUCACGCUCUCUCCCUCAUCGCUACUGCCCGGCCACCGGCCUUCAUUACUACCAUUGCAAGAGAGGUUCAUAGGUUCAACGCAGCACAGGCAAACUCUCAGUCUCAGCAGAAUCUUCACACCACCACCCUGGCUCGAGCUAAGACAGAGAUACUGCGAGUGAUUGACAUCCUGAUAGAGAAGAUGCCCGGAGAUGUCGUUGAUCUACUGGUUGAAGUGAUGGAUAUCAUCAUGUACUGUAUUGAGGGCUCUCUUGUUAAGAAGAAAGGAUUACAGGAAUGUUUCCCUGCCAUUUGCAGGUUUUACAUGGUGGCUUACUGUGACCGAAGUCAUCGAAUUGCAGUUGGAGCUCGACAAGGUUCAGUGGCUCUCUACGAUGUUCGCACUGGAAAAUGCCAGAACAUCCACGGCCACAAAGGUCCGAUUACAGCAGUGUCGUUCGCCCCUGAUGGACGUUACUUGGCAACGUACUCCAAUACUGACAGCCACAUCUCUUUCUGGCAGAUGAACACCGGUCUGCUGGGCAGUAUUGGGAUGCUGAACACGCCUCCUCAGCUCCGCUGCAUGAAGACGUACCAGGUUCCUCCGGUGCAGCCCGCGUCUCCUGGAUCCCAGAAUUAUCUCAAACUGGCCCGCCUCAUCUGGACCUCCAACCGCAAUGUCAUUUUGAUGGCCCACGAUGGCAAAGAACAUCGCUUCAUGGUCUAAAAUGAUCUCCAUCUCCAACUGAGCCCUGGUUUUUACUGUGGGGGUCUAAAACACACCUCACUUCACCUGUUUAUGUUGAUGUCAUGUCUUCUAGCUGAUCCUUCACACACGGAAGGUGCAGGUGGUGUACAUUAUUACUCCUUCAAAAUGUUUUCAGCUCUCAGCUUUGCUUUAAAACAAAAAAGAAAGUAUGAACCCAGUUCAGGUUAAGAUUAUCUGGAUUCCCCCUCAUACAGUGAUCAUUGUGAGAAAAUGUGCUCUGUACAUAUUUGUAGGCUAACAUGUUUAGAUUGUGAUUUGUAUUGAUUUAUUUUUAAUCAUUUGCAACUCGUCAUUCCUAUUUAUUUGCUCAUUUUCUCAAAUGUCACACACCUUUACGUCAUGUAGUUUUUACUUUAUUUCCAUCUUGAGAAUGUCUUACUAUUGACUGUUCUCGAUGCACCGCAGUUUUGCACCUUCAUUUUGCAGAUUAAAAUCUGUGGAUUUGUUUACCUUGCGGUCCUGGCUGGGCUCUUGAAGGCCGGGUGUGCUCCAACCUCUGUAGGAUAACGACACGCUUUUCACAUUUCAUGCUGCUUAGAUAUGCGUGUACUGUGUCUGAGUACUCUGGUGUCGGCUUUUACCUUCGUGACACUUUUGAGGCUUUUCCGCACUCUUGUAGCUUCACACGGAUAUCUGUGCAUGUGUGUGAUUAACCCCCAAAUGCAUUUUCACUGUUAAACACACAUUCUCACUCCAGACCGUUAGUUCUGAAACUGUUGGCCCGUUUCUGGAUGCUGGAGGUGUGUCACAAAAACAGAAAACGUAUCUUCUUCUCUAAAUGUUGAACCGGAUCCUUUACUUGGAGGUGCCGGCCCACUGUCACUAUCAGUGUCAGAGUUUACAAGGAAUACGAAUUAUUGACAUUUUUCCCUCAUUCACACAUCAAUCGUUCCUCUCCAUUUUACCCUCAGUAAUCUGACUUUCAGUAUUCCUGCUCCCUACGGCUUAAAAAAAACAUAAAUAUGAACAUAUUCAGUGCCGUCUUCUCUGGUGGGCUCCAGCGCGGUUUGGUUUCUUUAUCGUGGCUAAAGUGUCCGUCUGCUUGAUGCCGAUUGGUAAUUCAGAUGUGUCGGUUUCCAUGACAUCCAGACAUUGAGCUGUUAUUUUUAUUUUUUGGGGUGGGGGGGGUCAAAAGGCGACUUUUGCAUUCUUCUGUGGUUGAAUUGAAAAAGCAGAAAUAAUUAGCCCCUUACCCGUCUUGCUUUAAAAUGUUGUCACUUUUAGUGUUCACAGUUUUAGGCAGAGGAGCAUUUAGAUGAUAUAUAUUAUCUCUGUUUAAAUAUAUUAAUAGAGUUUGCUUUCAGGCCGCGUUUAAAUGCUUAGGAGUCUUGCAAGAGGCUGAUAUGUUUUGAAGAGUUUGGUUUUACGCUUCUCUGGCCUCCUCCCUGCCCUGACGCACCUCCUGUCAGAUUCAUUAGUGCCGUCAGAAAGCUUCUAACACUGUUACACACCUGUAAACCGAAGUGUGUCAAAGCUUUUCACAACUUUCACAACGGCAUCUGGUCGGAGAGAUUCUUCAGACGCGUCAAGUCCAGCCCAUCCUGACACCUUUGUGAUCUUAAUCUUCCGCUCUCUCCUGCACUCUUAACGGUCUGAGAAAGUGUGUUUUUGGCAGCCUCUCCAGGGAGGAAGGGUGAGAAAAAUAAAGGAGGGAAAAGCCGAAGAGUAAGUAACAAGUGAGGAGGAUCAGGUCAUCCAACCAGAAAAGGAAGGUUCUGUGUUGAAGGUAGUGAACCAAAAUAUCUAACAGAACCUUCUGGGGUUUUCUUUCUCUCCCUCUCUCUCCCUCUGUUUUUUUUUGUUUUUUUUAAUUUUUACACAGACUGUGAAGUUACUGUAGAUGUUACAUGUGUGUGAAGCUUUUCUAUGACGUGAUUUAGGUGCUUUUUCUUCCUAUUUCCUCCUUUUCUUAAAUCGUGCAGGUGAACACGUGAAGCUUCAGUUUUAACCAUAAUUUAAGUUUUCAGCAGCAAACCUUUCCCCCUCUUAACUGCUCAUCAUUCCCUCUCAGAUGGUUUUGACUCUUUUUAUUGUUUACGGUGACUGUGUUUAGGUGUGUGACGUGAUGCAUGUAUAUGAGCGCAGACCUGAUCCGUUCUGUGGUGGAUCAUAUAAACGUGUUGUAUUGAGAUGUGUCGAUAUUAGCUUUGUGCCCAAUAAAGAUGUAC